UAACAAAACAAUAAAAACAGUACAGUUAUGUACUCACUAAAGUCACAGAAAAAAUAUAGUUUUUUACGGAGAAAUGUAAUCUUUUUAAUAUUUUUUAUUAUUUUUACUGGUGUCACAAUUUAUUACGUCAAGUUGAGAGAUGUAUCGGUUAGACCACUAUACAAUAAACAUUACGAUUUGCGAUCCUUUCUAAAUAAAGUGGACAGUAACAAUUUGUCGUGUCAUUAUGAUGAUGAAGGAGAUGUGCUUCCAUGGGCUGAAGGUCCCAACUUUUCCCCAAAGUUCAACUCUAUAUUCUUUCAUGAAACAUCAUGCAAUGGAGGCUUAAACUCACGUCAGGCGUGUUCCAUCGAGUCUGCCGCGAGGGCCCACCCACGGAGACAAAUUUAUGUUCUGUUCAGUGGACCUAUUAUUGAGCUGGUGUAUCAGAGAAGCUGCAUAGCUAAAUUACGGCUUCUGCCAAAUGUUAAUUUUGCUAGAGUGCACAUAGCGGAAUAUGCAAAGAACACCCCUUUGGAAGGCUUGGUAACAAGUAAGGAGUUUAAAGAGAGCAAAUGGCGCGUAGAACAUACAUCGGAUGUCCUCAGAUAUUUGACACUGUAUAAGUGGGGAGGAGUGUAUCUGGACACAGAUAUUAUGGUCGUGCAAUCUCUAACGCCGCUCGGUCACAAUUGGGUAGCGAAGGAAGACAAUGGGCUUGUGAAUGCAGCAGCCAUCGCCAUUUCUAUGGACCAUCUCGGCAGACGACUCGCGAAAGCUAUUGUAAAUGAAGUUAAAACGACGUACCGACCCGAUAUUUUUAUACAUAACGGCCCAGGAGCGAUAACGAGAGUGCUACACCAUAUGUGCGAGGAAUCCGAUCCAAACAAGUGGUCUGCAAACACAUGCCAAGGUCUCGAAGUGUAUGGUCCAGAAUAUUUCUAUCCGGUUCACUAUACCAGAAACAACGAUUACUUCAAAACUGGGGAGCUAAAGAACGUUGAAAAUGCCUACACUCAUCAUUUAUGGAACAAAUUAACAUUCAAUACAACGAUAGAAAAGGAUUCCCCAUACGAUAGGAUGGCACAGAAACUUUGUCCUCUAAUUUAUGAGAUGUAUGGAGAAGAUUUUGGGACAUAAAAAGGUCAAUUCAUACCUU